AUGAAUCCCGCUGUAUUAGACGAUGGUGCGGACCAUGAGCGGAAGGGAUUCAGGGCUUUGGUACUUGUCGAGCUCUUCUUUCGACUUCUGCACGACAAACCUGCCAUCCUCAUCGAAAACAUAUCUGAAUGGCGCGUUAAUUUCCCCUCUAUCACUACCGCCCAGGAGGUUCCCGAACAUGUGGCCACGAACUUGACGUUGGUCGUCAAAACUCGACUGACGUUUCUCCUUCUCCGGUUCGAGAUGCUCUGUAGAGAUACUGAAGAUAGAGAUAGCGUCAUCACAGGCGCUGAAGAGUUGUGUGAAGGAAUCGAAAGUUUGAUAUACGGCUGGUCCAUGAUAGACUCGAUGGCGGCAUACAAAGAUGUCGCCGGGUUUUGGUGGAAGCUCUACGACGUGACUCUCACGGCGUAUUCCGCAGUUAUGGUCAUGGGCCGUAAGAUAGCCGUCCUUCGGUCAGUUCUCGCUGAACCAUCUGAGGCGAUAGAUGACGUAUCUACCACGCCUUUCUCACUUGAGAUUGCAUAA